AUGACAUGUACAUGUAAAAGCACGCUGCCUCCAGUAAGCACAGACCUCGCCAAGGGUCUCUAUCACGUCCCUCCCGCAAGCGAUAAUUCAAACACCAUCUCCAUAACGCAGACCACAACAACGACAACAACAUCCAUCCGCAUCGUCGACUCAGACACUUCCUCUGACUACGACUCUCACUCCAUUACGUCCGCUGAUACAGACACAAACUCUGUUUCGGAUUACGGCUGUGGCUGUGGAUUUGGUGGCGAUGAGCAUAAUUGCGAGGAUGACAUUGAAGACACAAACACCGACUCAAACAAAAUCUCUCUGCCGGCAAGACCACUUCCACCUGUGCCAGUGCACCGCCAGAGUCCAUCAACAUCAAGGAGAAGUUCUGAGGUGAAAACCAAAACCCGUCUUGCAUGCAUCGAGGAGACAAUUCCUGAGGAAGAGGAAGAGGUGUAUCUCGCGCAGCAGCGACAGGAAGGAGACGCAAAACAGCAUCGAGACACAACUAAUCGGCGCAAGUCAAUGAUUGAGCUGUUUAAUCUGUCCACGUCUUUGUCUACAUCCUCCUCAUCCGGAGCAGCAUCAACAUCAUCAGGACCAGGCCUGAGCCUGUCCUUCUCGAAUCUGAGCUUCCGGUUUCCCAUGCCGCCGAUCUGUGGCAGUGGCAAUCAGCAAUGUCAGACUGAAAAGCUGGACAGUGCAGGCAUAGAAAACCCCCAACGCGAGAACUUGGAGCACAAAAGACCAAAGUCCAUGUCGGCGUUGUCCUUGUCCUAUUCAGCGUCUUCGGCAACUGGUUCCACUUCCGCAUCCGUUUCUCCUUCACAGCUAUCAUCAACAGAGAAAUCAUAUGAGAAAUGCCUUGACGGAGUCCCUGAGAAUAGAGCACAAGUCCACAGUCCAGCAACGACGACUACGAAGAAACAGCGCCGAAUGGGCACGAUUCUUUUCCCACCCUUUGCGUUUUUGUCUCGUUCGUCCGUUGGAAGUGCUCUGGAUCAAGAUAGCAAGGGGUCAGCAGUGCCGAAUGGUAAGUCUCUUUUUUUCUAGGCAUGGCGUAUGGAGUUUGAACCGGCGUUCGCUUCGGCUCUGGACCUUGUUCUUGGGUUGGAGGCGCGCAUGGGCAUUGAAUGAGAGUAAGGCUUUAGGCUUGCUUGUGUCUCUUCUUUCUCUCUGAUCUGGGCUUGAAGGUCUUCGGCUCUGGAGUUGGGAUUUGUUUAUAAUCGGUUUCAGUCUAGUCUGGUGAUAUGGCUGGAGGAUGUACGUAUACGACUAUGGGUGAG